AUGCAAUUCACUAUCGAGUUAGUUGCUGAGAGGUCAGUGUUACGAGAAUCUAUAAAGGGCAUAAUAUGGACUGUUUUCUUUAACAGACUAUUUGGACCAGUCACUCCAACUACAAGGGAGUUUCUUGAUGUCACGUACCCUUUGGUGAUGAACUUGCCAGAUCUUGAUUCAUUGAUUGAAGAAAAAGUAACCAUAUUUAUACGCACUUGCAUCGAAGGCAAGCCUCUACCUGCAAAGGGAACGAUAACAAUCCAGUUUUUGAAUAAGUCAAAUGGCAAAAGGAAGACGUCUGGGUGGUUUGGUCGAGAUUAUGAGAGUGAUGAUUUAAAAGCAUGGGAGACGUGGAGAAUCAACAUUGAGUCUCUACCCAUAGAAGAAGGGUCUAGUAUGCAUCGUCCCAAACACAUUGGAUUAGAAUCAUCAAGAGCAGUUGCAAGAUCCAUGAAAAGCUUUGAAAAUGCUUUGAUGAAAAUAUAUGAUUUUGUUGAUAGACAUAGGGACCACAUACCGCCUAUAACCUCACUUGAGAGCUCGCCGUUUCCAUACGCUAUAAAAAUUGAUGAAGACAGAGGAUCUGGAAUAGAAAAACCUCAUUCAGCUGGUGAUGAAGGAUGGGGAUCUUAUAUUAAGAAGAUACUUGAUUAA